AUGCUACUGUCCCUACUGUUCCUCAUUGGCAGCUUGGCCACCACCAUCGCCAUAUCCGCGCUCGCCGAUUCCCAUUCCGACUACCACGAGCAACUCCUCCUUCGCCCUCUCCAUCCUUCCCUCCUCCUCGCCUCGUUCAACUUCCAGAGCAACACUAGCUUGACGUCCUUUAACCAGCAAAACUUCAGAUAUUUCCCAAGGUCGUUGGGCCAGAUUCUGCAGCAUGCAAAUACACGGGAAUUGCAUUUGAGAUUUAGCCUGGGAAGAUGGGAUGCUGAGAAUUGGGGAGCGCGGCCGUGGGGCGGCGCACGGGAAGGGGGAACGGGCGUGGAAUUGUGGGCGUGGGUAGAGGCGGAGACGGACGACGAGGCCGACCAACGAUGGCUGACAUUGACAAAUGCUCUUUCCGGUCUCUUCUGUGCCUCGCUGAACUUCAUCGACUCUACAAGAACUACGCGGCCUGUUGUGUCCUUCCAUCCCAGCGGAAAUCACUCGAAUUCCACACUCUCGAACCUCCAUCUCCUUCACGGGACGCUCCCGAGGGAAGUGGUUUGCACUGAGAACUUGACGCCUUUCUUAAAGUUGCUACCGUGUAAGGGGAAGGCCGGCAUAUCCAGUCUCUUAGAUGGCCAUAAACUGUUCGAUGCAUCAUGGCAAAGCAUGUCUAUAGAUGUGCGCCCUAUUUGCUCACCUGGCGCGGAUGACUGCCAACUCCAGAUCACCCAGACAAUCGACAUGGUGCUAGACCUCCAACGAUCUAAACGCCCAAGAGAUAACCCAAUUCCACGUCCCGUCCCUCAGGAAGAGCUUAAGUGCGAUACAUCAAAACCCUACCAUUCCGACGACACCUGCUUUCCACUUGAUGCUGCUUCUCAAGAAGAGGAAUUUAGCCUCUCUCACAUCUUCGGUCAUUCGCUCAGAGGAACUUGUCCCUUGGCGAAUGACGGCGCUCCCUCUGUAUGCAUCAACGUGCCCCAUGCGCGAGAGGUCUAUGCUUCUGAAGGGGCGCGAGAAGAAAAAGAUUCUUCUGGGUACAUGAGAUGUUUCCAGCUUUCCCCGGAUAAAGACUUCGACAUGGUUCUGCCCCAGCAGGAAAUUUCGGAGAAGGCACCUUUGGCACAACCCCUCUUAUACGCUGAGCGGUCCUUUAUUGGAUAUGGCCAGGAACGAGGAGGUGUCCAAGCCAUUCUCACAAACCCAUCCCCGACCGAUGCGGUCGACUUCGUCUACAUGGAAUCCCUCCCUUGGUUUAUGAAACUCUAUCUCCAUACCCUGAAAGCUAAGAUCAACGGCCAAGACAAAGAUACUAUCAAAGAGAUGUACUAUCGUCCAGCUCUGGACCGGAAACGCGGUACCCAGCUCGAAGUCCGAAUUCUAAUACCUGCUAACUCAACACUGGUCCUGACUUAUGAUUUCGAAAAGGCGAUUUUGCGAUACACCGAGUAUCCGCCAGACGCGAACCGCGGUUUUGACAUCGCACCAGCCGUCAUUACUAUUGGAGAUGUCUCGAUACGCACAACAUCUCUGCUGUUGCCUCUCCCGACCCCUGAUUUUAGCAUGCCAUAUAAUGUGAUUAUUCUUACAAGCACAGUAAUGGCGUUGUCCUUUGGAUUUAUUUUCAACUUGUUGGUGCGCAGGUUCGUUGCCAUGGAUGAGGCAGAUCAAUGGGACGUCAGGGCCAUCAGAUUAAAAUUUGCUGCGACGAUACGGAGACUGGCGAGGAGGUUUAAAAAGUACGAAAAGAUUCAGAAGACAGAAUAG